AUGGGUGAAGGAGGAUCUAUGGCAGUCGAUUCCAUAAGAAAUAGACUAGGCGUCGACGCUUUCAAUACACUAUCCAUUUCCUCCAAUCCUUUUCGGGAGCAAUGGUAUUCAAUGGACCAGCGAGCCCUUCCUCAGUCGGCGGAAGGAGGCAUUUUGCCGAGCGUUUACAGGCAAAGUGAAUUCUUGUUCAAUGAUUCCAUGCCUACCUCCCCAACCAGCUCCCUGGAUCGCUUGAGUGAUCCAUAUCCUGCCGCCACCUUCACGGCUACACUCACAGUCUUUCAGACACCAUUUCCUCAAACAUCCCACCAGUUAGGCAUCCUAUCUCCGCCCUUAACGACUAAAAAAGAGGAGCGUCAAAAGCAGAAGCGCUGCUCAAAUAAAAGUUCAGCUCGCAAAUCUUUAAGACAAGAUUCCUCUCGAGACAGUAAAGCCAAUACAGCAACGGGAGGAGGAGGUACUGGCCAUUCAAACAGACCUUGCGGUACCCACGGCCACCAUGGUACUGAGCACUCGGACCAACAGGGCAAGAAACAUAGCCAAUAUACAAAAGAAAGUAAUCGUAUUGCAUCCAGCAAAUUCCGAGCUAAGAAGCGAGAAUAUAUGCUAAGAGUCCAGUCAGAGGAGCAAGAGAUGGAACGAACCAAUCACGACCUAUCCGUCUGCGUAGCUAACCUGACUCGUGAGGUCCAAGAGCUCAAGAUGAAGCUUUUACAACAUAACGAUUGCGACUGCUCGCUUAUCCAUGACUACCUCGCCACAGAGGCCCAGCGCUACGUUUGUGGACUCAGUAAGCAAUCGCAGCUCGAGGCUAUUUCCCCUGGCGCAGCAUGGCAUUAA